UAUCUAACUCGUGUUAUGUCAGCAUACAAUAAGACUGAUGUUCACCCAUCAACCUUCAUUCUCAUUGGCAUUCCUGGGCUGGAGGCUGCCCACAUCUGGAUCUCCAUUCCCUUUUGUGUGGUCUACCUUUUGGCCUUACUGGGAAAUUGCUCUCUUCUGUUUAUCAUCAAGACUGACUCCAGCCUCCAUGAGCCAAUGUAUCUUUUCCUCUGCAUGCUGGCGGUGGCUGACCUCAUUGUGUGUACUACCGCGGUGCCUAAACUUCUCAGCCUCUUCUGGUUCCAAGAUAGAAAGAUCCACUUUGAAGCUUGUCUUACACAAGUGUUUCUAAUUCACUCUUGCUCUACUAUGGAGUCCGGCUUCUUCUUGGCCAUGGCUUUUGAUCGUUAUGUAGCUAUCUGUAACCCAUUAAGACACUCAGCUAUCCUGACACAUUCGGUAAUUGGGGGGAUAGGUGUAGCCAUCGUUAUCCGAGGCACAGUUCUCCUCACUCCUCAUCCUUUUCUGCUACGUUGGCUUCCCUAUUGUAGGUCCAAUAUCAUUUCUCACACCUAUUGUGAAUUCAUGGCCCUCAUCAAAAUUGCCUGUGCUGAGACACGGAUUCGCAGAGCCUACAGCCUCAUUGUUGCCUUCCUAACAGGAGGAGUGGACUUCAUACUGAUCAUCUGUUCCUAUGUCCUCAUACUUCACACUGUCUUCCAGCUGCCAUCCAAGGAGGCCCGACUGAAGACCUUGGGCACCUGUGGCUCCCAUGUCUGUGUCAUUUUAGUGUCCUAUACUCCUGCCUUUUUCUCUUUUCUCACACACAGGUUUGGUCACCAUGUGGCUCCCCAUGUCCACAUAUUUGUGGCUAACAUCUACCUUCUGGUGCCACCUAUGGUAAAUCCAAUUAUAUAUGGGGUAAAGACCAAGAAGAUACGGGGAAGGUUCCUUAAAAUUUUCAUUUUCUCAAAGACUCCGAAAUAG